AUGCAAAAUAAAAUAUUCUUACAACUCCCAACAAUUUCAUAAAACUAUUUUUAAUUACAAUCCAAAUUCUUAAACAAAAACAACAAUCAAAUUGAAUUGCUCUGUUAUGAAAAUCAAUUAUAUAGGAAGUCGUAAAAAUCCCUUAAAUUUACAAUUUUGAACAGCACUCUUAGAUUCUCAAUCAAACAUGAACAGGCUUCCAUCAUCUUAAGAUUAGAGAAAGAUGAAUGCAAUUUUAAAGAAUAUGUAUUUCUUGAUAAAGCUGAUCCUUGGGAAAAGAAAUUAAAAUCUAAAAUACCUUAAUUGGAUUAUCAAACAUAUUAUGAAUUGGAAAAGUUAGUUGGAAAUGGUAGUUUUGCUUCUGUGUACAUAGCUAAGAAGAAAUCAGAUGGGUCCAAAGUUGCGAUUAAGGCAUUUCUUAAGAAAAUGUUAAUAUAAAAUAAUCCUAAUUCAUGGAGAUUAACCAUAGAAAAUGAGAUAAAGGUCAUGAAGUGUUUAGAUCACCCAAGCCUCUUAAAGUUUUAUGAUCACUUUGAAAAUAGAGCUUAAUCCUAUAUUGUUAUGAGUUUGGCAAGGGGAGGAACCCUAGAAUAAGGAUUAAAAAAAUUAGAAGAGCCUUUGCCGUUUUUAAGUGUUAAAGUUAUUUUUAGAUAAAUCGUAGAUGCAAUUAAAUAUCUACAUGAACGAGGAUUUAUGCAUAGAGAUUUAAAGCCAAGCAAUAUUUUGUUAAAGAAACCAAUGUCAUUGAAGCAGUUUUCACUUGUAGCCUAAUAAGAUCCAAAUAUAGUUGUUAGUGAUUUUGGGGUGAGUUCAGAAAUAAAAGACGAUAUGGACAUUGGAAAUUAUUGUGGUUCUAUUGGAUUCAUGGCACCUGAAAUAAUUAGUUGUGAAGAUGAUAAGAACUUUACCUAUAAUGAAAAAUGUGACAUCUUUAGUCUUGGUUGCAUUUUCUAUAGAUUAAUCACUAAUAAACCUUUGUUUAAUGCAUAAAAUUAGAUAGCUUUGAAAUAGUUGAACAAGGAAUGUCAUUUUGAUUGGAUCAAAAUUAGCGAAGAGUUGUAUAAUAGUAAAUAGUUGACACAAUUAUUGAUGAAGAUGUUGUCUGUAGAUCCAACCAAAAGGCCUUCUUGUUCAGAUAUUCUCAAGGCCAAGAUUUUAGAAGUAGAAUAUGAUAAUGAGGGAUGUCCCUUAUUUAUCAAUUACAAGAAGCCAAAAUCUUAAUCUAUUUAAUAAGCUAAAACCUCGAGACCUUCAAUUAAAUCGAUAAGUAACAACCGAUUACCGUUUGUAUCUCCUAAUCUUUAUUACAACAUCCAAAACAACAGUAAACCUUCAAAUGUAAGAUCGGGUAAUCUUCUAUUACCUCCUAUCAAUAAGAAAUUGCAAACAGAAUAAUGUUAAUAUUGA